AUGAUCGAUAAUUUACAGCAAAACAUGGGCAGACCGAAAAAGCUUGAUAGAAGUGGAAGCAAUCGACAACGAUCUAGUGAUAGUGACAGUUAUGGAAGGCGUACGCGAAGCAGAAGUCGAGAUCGACAUAUGAGCAAGAGCAAGAGUAGAGGUCGACGCAAUAGCAGGAGCAGGAGUAGAGAUCGACGUAAUAGCAGUAGUAGAAAUAGGGAUCGACAUAGUAGCAGGAGCAGGAGUAGAGGUCGACGUGAUAGCAGGAGUAGGAGUAGAGGUCGACGUGAUAGCAGGAGCGUAAGUCGAGGUCGGCGUUAUAGCAGGAGCAGAAGUAGAGGUCGACGUAAUAGCAGGAGCGUAAGUCGAGGUCGGCGCUACAGCAGGAGCAAAAGUCAGGAACGACGUUAUAGCAGGAGCAGAAGUGCAGAUCGGCGUAGUAACAGAAGCCGAAGUCAUGGAAGACAAGGAAGCAAAAGUAAUGGGAGACGACGUAGUCGAGAAAGGAGUCAAAGCUAUCUUUGGCGUGGUCGAGAUCGAAGCAAGAGUAAAAGCAAUGAGAAAAUUGAGAGAGACAAACAUGAUAAACGGAGCACGAGACAUGGACAUUCAAAACAGCGGGGCAGAACUAGCCAAGAAAAAAUGAAAGAUACAGCGAAGGAAAUAGAAAUGAUGAAGUCACGAAUGCGUUCUGCUCUUGAAUCUGCACAAGGAAAAAUGGGUGAUCUCGUUGAAGCAAGAGGUGUGUUAAAUGAAUCACAUUUAACUAUGGAUCUUACAGUUAUGGAGACAGUUGCACGACAUCGCGAUAUUGAACGUAUCGAAGAGGAAAGCUUUCAUCAAUCUACAUUUGUUUCUUCUUCUGGAGGAGCUGGUGGAAGAGUUAGAAAAGAGGAUAUGACUAAUCAUACAGCAGUGGUGACGAAGAAGGAAGACGAACAUGAUAAAGCAAUGUUUGGUCCAAAAUGGCGAGAUGCCGAGAAAAAAUAUAGUGAGGAGACAAGAGAAACAAUUACAGAUGUUGAAGUCGAUAAGGAAAUACCUCUUGCUAAUGCACGGUUUUAUGAAGAUUGUGCUAUACGUGAAAAACGUUGGUUGAAGAUAUAUCGUGAAAGACGAACAAAGUUGUUGGGUUUGUGA